AUGAGCUUUAGUGGAAAAUUUGCACAUCUAAUUCCAGAAUCACGUAAAUAUGCAGAUUGUCUAAUAGAUGUAGCUUCAAAUGUGUUAGAUGCCUAUCAAUCUGCACAAGAUAUAAGAACAUUUAAUCACCAACUUUUAAUGGUACAAGAAAGUAAUAAUAAUUUUAAUAAAAGUCAUGGUGAAUUAAAUAAAUGUACAAGUAGUUCUUAUUUAAAGAUAAUUCCGGAUAAAACUUUAGUAAAAAGUAAAUCAAUGAUAUUUUUUAAGCAAGAAAGUAUAUAA